AUGUAUCGUUGGGCCGAGACCGUCGGGCCUGGGGAGACGCAAUCCACCAAAACGACCGCAUCGUCGUCAGACGCGGCGUCAGACGUCCAGCCCGAAGCCGAAUCAAGCAGCAGCAACAGUGGGAGCACCGCAAGCGGCAGCAGUGCUGGCUCAUCGAAUGGUCGCCCGGGAAGCGCGGCUCAGUCGAGCAGGUCCAGCAGCUCUUCCGGUGAUGACGGCAACAUCAAGACUGAUGUUCAUGUGGCACAGCCACCCAGCAGGUCAGACUCUGGCUCGAGCCUUGCCAAGCCGACUGACGAGGAUGCCAUCAUGAACGAUACUCUCCUCCCUGCCACUGAUGGCUUCGGCGCCUCCUGGCUCGACCCAAAUGCCUGGUCCGGUGCUGGGAUGCUCGAGGACCUCGGCCCAGCGUCGCAACUGGACUUCAGCUCGGUGCUGGAGCACUCGAUAGACCCAAACAUCGCCCCCCAAGAUGUCGAUAUUGACUACUUCAACCAUCAACAACACCCGUCGAGGUGGCGGGAACGAAGUGGCUCUGCCUUUUGUGGCAGCACCAGCUCGCUGCCUGACCUCCCCGGCGACCACGCCACAGGCAUAAGCCAACUUUCGCAGUUGACCAUGAGACUUGCCCAGCUCUAUCAGUCGAAUGAGACCCUCAACGAGACAGUGCGCAUGUCGUAUCGACGCGGCUCUGUCGGCCACGACGGAUACGUCAGAAGCCCUUUGGUCGACGACGGCGUGUUUAAGCUGGUCUCCGCAUGGCUGUCCGACCUCUCUUCGAAAGCGACCCCUCGGACAUCAUUCGACCCACCUGCCCCGCCCGUAGGCAGCACAGACGUCCUUGGCGCAGUCCUGUGCGGCGUCUUCACUGCAUCAGGGGAUCUGCUCGAGAUCCUCAGAAGCCUGAUGCCGCCGUCCGACCCUUGGAGCGCCCCUCCCGCUCACAACUGCAGCAUGAGCUCCGAUUUCAACUCCCUGGCGACGGCACCCAAUGGUGCCACUGCCCAGCCCAAACCCCAGCCGCAUCAGAAGCACUACGUCCAGACGGCAUCAGUGAGCAGCCAGGCUACCAUCAAAAACCCCGUCAUCCGCCACCUGCUCAUGGCAUGCCACACCAUGCUCCUGACCAUCUACGACUUUGUGCUGAUCGCACUCGAGAGCGACGCGGAUCUGUGCGGUCUUAACACCCCGUCCCUAUCUUCGUCUCCAGCAGACCUGAUGCUGGGCACAAGUCUUGGCAGUACGAGAAGCAGCUCAAAUGGUGGUUUUGGCCUGGGCGGCGGUCCUUGCGGCGGCAUCGCCCCGCUCUCUGAUAUCCGGCUCGUCAUGGUCUUACAGCUCUGCUCAUAUCUGAUCAACAGACAGCACCAAUCUAUGACUACGUAUUUGUCGGCCGUCUCUGCCCUGACGGACGGGCAGUACCCUUCCUCCUCGCCAAUGAUGAGCUCCUCCGCGAGUUGGCAGCAAAUGUCAAUUGAUGGGGAUCGCGAAAGCGUCACCCAGCUAAUGUCUAAUGUGCAGGCGAGGAUGAGCCAACUUUUGAGGACUCUCGGGGUGUAA